CUUCCAGAAAUUGACGAAUGCACAACUAACAAUCACAGCUGUGAUGUGAAUGCUGCUUGCCAGAAUACCGUGGGCUCAUACAAAUGUACUUGCAAAGCUGGAUACUCUGGAAAUGGCCGCAAAUGCGUUGGUAAGUACUGAAGUUUGCUUUAAACAUCUUCUGACUUAAUUUUUCUCUGUGUCGAGUUUAUAUAUAGACUAAAUAAAGAUGUUGUUUGUUAAUAAAAAAAAGUAGUUUCCGUGUCUUUAGUAUGUUUUUAAGGACAUCAUACCGUAUUUACAGUGCUGUAAUUACGUUUUUCAUUUAUCUAUUGUUGUCGUUGAUUUCUUAUAAGAUUCCAGUCCAAGGUGGCAAAAAUAAGCCACCAAUCUUUAGUGGGUAUUUAAUGGGUUUUGAGCAGCUCUGUUUCAGUAUAAGAAUACUUGCACUAAUGUGUGGAACAACGUUUUACACGGAUUUUCAUUCCUUCAAUCAAAACAAUUACCUCAAUUAUUUGUUUUGAUUUUAAGAAUUUCAUCGGUGAUAACAUAACAGUCUGAUAUGAUUAAAAAAAACACCAUUUCAGAGGCAAUAGAAAGGCCCAAGAGGGUCCGGCUAAAUAAAGGAAAUUCGGAAGGGAAUAGAAUAUCAAGGAAGAUAUUGCUUUGUUAUUUUUGGAGAAUUACAGCGUGUAAUCGGUGUGUCAUAAUUUUGACUUUGUUUUUUCAGAUAUAGAUGAGUGCACAAGCAAGACCCAUAACUGUGACAGAAAUGCGUUAUGUAAGAACACUGAGGGGUCCUUUACAUGCACCUGUAAUCGCGGUUACAAGGGAGAUGGGAAGAACUGUAAAGGUAUCUUUCUAGCGCUCUUAUAG